AUGGCUCCCUCCGAUAUUCCGGAGGUAGACCCCAGUUUGCGUCGCAAGCGCCCAGCCCGCUUGGAGGAGGCAAUCACCAACCCGGGCGCCGUCAAGAUCAACGUCACGGGCGCCUUCAUCGUCGACGACGAGCCCCGUUCCAAGAGCCCUGAGGCCGAGGGCGUGCAUUAUGAAAACAAGGAUAUUCGACUUCCUCACCACACUGGCGUCGUGAGCCAUGUCGCCGUCGAUAUUGGCGGAUCACUGGCCAAGCUGGUCUAUUUCACUCGCGAGUUAGACACGGCCGAUAAUGGUGGACGGCUGAACUUCAUCAAUUUCGAGACUCACCGCAUAGACAUCUGCAUCGACUUCAUUCGGCAGCUGAAAGAGGAACACGAGAAGCGCAAUGGGUCCACGCAGGAGGGACUGUGUGUGGUAGCCACCGGUGGGGGAGCAUUCAAGUUUUACGACAAGCUGAAGGAGGCGCUGGACGUGAACAUCCUCCGCGAAGAGGAGAUGGAAUGCUUGAUCAUUGGUCUCGAUUUCUUCAUCACCGAAAUUCCGAACGAGGUCUUCACUUACAGUGAUGCCGAUACCGAACCGAUGCGAUAUGCCGAGGCCCGACCCGAUGUAUACCCCUACCUCCUGGUCAACAUAGGGUCUGGAGUGUCAAUGAUCAAGGUGUCCGGUCCGAAACAACAUGAACGUGUGGGAGGAACUCACUUGGGUGGUGGAACUUUCUGGGGUCUCAUGUCUUUGUUGACCGGCUCGCGGACCUUUGAUGACAUGUUGGCAAUGGCCGACAGCGGGGAUAACAGUGGGGUGGAUAUGCUCGUAGGAGAUAUUUAUGGCAUGGACUACAGCAAGAUUGGUCUCAAGAGCACAGCCAUUGCCAGCACGUUCGGUAAGGUGUUCCGGUUGAAGAAUGCCGCCGAGCGAGGUGCGGAAGACGGUGAGGGAUUGAUCCACGGAGGUCCCGACGGGGACGAGAGCAACGGUGGAGUGAAAUUCAACCCAGAAGACAUGAGCCGGAGCCUGCUCUAUGCCAUCAGUAAUAAUAUUGGCCAAAUUGCCUAUCUGCAGUCGGAGAAGCACCAAGUCAAGCACAUCUACUUUGGCGGUUCCUUCAUCCGCGGCCACCGUCAAACUAUGAACACCCUUUCAUACGCCAUCCGUUUCUGGUCCAAGGGCGAAAAGCAAGCAUACUUCCUGCGCCACGAAGGCUACCUAGGAGCUGUUGGAGCUUUCAUCCGCCGGCAACCUCAGAAUUGGGGCCGCAGAAAUAGUGUCGACGACGUGGUUGCACCGCAGGCGGUCCGUAACCUCGUUACAAACAAUAAUGUCCUCAAUCAGCAACAUACCAGGUCUUCGAGUGAAUCAUAA